CGAGUUAGUAUUCGAUGUCAGAAGUUCCUUAGCUAAGCAAGUGAUAAGAAUUCAUCAAAGGAACUUCCGCCAAGCUGGGUAAUACCUGUUUAGUGUGCGGUGUUGUGACAGGAGACCAAGGAAGUCUUGUAAGUGUCGGCACUCGACGAUCUAGCGACACGAUGCCUAGGCCACCUUUAGUAGCCAAGAGCGACUCGGCGGGAGCGGAGGAAAUGUUGUCCUUAAUCCGUCAAAGUCUUAAGUCAUGCAGGACUCCCGGCGAGACCAACUUCGAAGCAUCGACCCCGCACAUAUUUGUUGUGAUGGGUGCUUCGGGUGACCUCGCGAAAAAGAAGAUUUACCCGACUUUGUGGUGGUUAUAUAGAGACAGACUUCUCCCCGAAAACACCUUGUUCAUAGGAUAUGCACGCUCCGGACUGACAGUGGAACAGAUAAGGGAGAAAUGCACGCCUUACAUGAAAGUGAAAGACGAUGAGCAGGAACGGUACCAGCAGUUCUGGUCUGUCAAUCACUAUGUUAAAGGUUCCUACGACACGCGGCGGGACUACGAGUUGCUAGACCAGGAGAUGGUCAAGAUUGGCACAGAAAAGGCCAAUCGCAUCUUUUAUCUGGCACUCCCUCCUUCGGUGUUCGACACAGUCACGUCCAAUGUCAAGGCGUGUUGCAUGGCAAAGAGUGGCUGGACACGUGUUAUUAUCGAGAAGCCCUUCGGCAGGGAUUCCGAAUCGUCUGCCAAACUGUCCAACCAUCUCUCGGCGCUUUUCAGAGAAGAAGAAAUGUACCGCAUUGACCACUACCUUGGGAAAGAGAUGGUGCAGAAUUUGAUGUCGCUCAGAUUCGGCAACCGGAUCUUCGGCCCGACUUGGAACCGCGACAACAUCGCGUCCAUCUUCAUCUCCUUCAAGGAGCCCUUCGGCACGCAGGGGCGCGGCGGCUACUUCGACGAGUUCGGCAUCAUCCGCGACGUCAUGCAGAACCACCUUCUGCAGAUCCUGUGCCUGGUGGCCAUGGAGAAGCCCUGCUCCACCGCAGCCGAUGACAUCAGGGACGAAAAGGUCAAAGUGCUCAAGUGCAUGCAGGAACUGACCCUGGACAACGUGGUCCUGGGGCAGUACGAGGGCGACCCAGAAGGGGAAGGAGAAGCCAAGGACGGGUAUCUGGACGACCCGACGGUUCCUGCGGGAUCCGUGACGCCCACUUACGCCCUGGCCGUGGCUCAUAUCAAUAACGAGCGAUGGGACGGGGUCCCCUUCAUCCUCCGGUGUGGCAAAGCCUUGAAUGAGCGCAAAGCCGAGGUCAGAAUCCAGUACAGAGACGUCGCAGGUGACGUUUUCCUUGGUCAGAGUAAGAGAAAUGAAUUGGUUAUCCGCGUCCAACCCGGAGAGGCUAUUUAUUGUAAGGUAAUGACAAAGACUCCUGGGAUGUCAUUUGGACUAGAGGAAACUGAAUUGGAUCUAACAUAUGGUGACCGAUACAAAGGUGCAAAGUUACCUGAUGCUUAUGAACGUCUUAUACUUGAUGUGUUCUGUGGUUCACAAAUGCACUUUGUAAGGAGUGAUGAACUUGCUGAAGCUUGGAGAAUCUUCACUCCAUUACUACACAAGAUUGAAAAAGAAAAGCCCAAACCUAUUCCUUACAAGUAUGGAUCACGUGGACCUGCUGAGGCUGAUGCAAAAUUAGCAGAAAAUAAUUUCAAAUAUUAUGGGUCAUAUAAAUGGACAAAGCCAAGUUCUUUAUAAAGGCUACCUUGUUAUACACAAGAUCAGAUGUGAAAUGAGAAGUUUAAUGAAAGACUACUUUUUACUCAUCAAUUUGACAAUUCAUUCUAUCUAACCGUUUAGUUUGUCACCCCAAGCUAAACACCAUCACAAGCUGCCUUCAAGCUGUCACAUUAGAUGGUUCUGGCUUUUUAAUAACAUAAUGUCCAAACAAGAAUUAAAUGAAAUACAUACACCACCUGUAGUUACUUUCUGUACCUUACUACAGGUUUUGACAAAAUAUACUCUGAUUUGGAGCUUUACCUUCUUUUUUAAUAAAUCUUUGACUUUCAUUCCAUUACAUAAUAAAAGAUUCAUAGUACAUUCCAGUUUAAUUUGUAGUUUACAUUUUAUUAAGGCAACUCAGUAAAAACUUCAAUAGUUUUCUAAAUAAAAACAAUUUUAAUCAACAUAAAUCUUCAUAUCUCCCCGUUCUAUUUAUAUUUUAUUUCACGUUUUAAGGUUUUAAAAUUAUUUUUGUAUGACUGUAAAGCCAUGUUAUAAAAAAUGAAGUUUAUUAAAGUUCUAUGAUUAACUGGCCUUUUACUCAAAUUUAUUCAUGGAAGACUUAUCAGCAAAGGGACAAACUAGAAUAUCACACUAGCAUGUUGCAAAACUCAUAUUAUACCUAGAGUUUGUUUCAGUGUUAUUCAAUUUGAUUUCCAUGUCAAAAAAAUUCUCAUUUCAAUAUGGAGACUAUACAAGCUGUGAUUUUUAAUGUCUAUUACUUUAUAAUAUAAGGUUCAUUAUUUCCUUCUUACAAAAUUACUUAUAAGCAAAACAAGUCUUUUUGUAGAAUAUAAUACAUAUUCUGGGCACUAGUGUUUUAAAUAAUGAUACAUUAGUGCCAGACUACUAGUUUUUUAAAUAAUUAUACAUUAGUGUCAGACUGUCUUUUAGCACUAAAGAGGCUAAUGCAUUCCAUUCCAAAAGCAGUUUUUCCAAAUUUCUCUUAUUCUCAUCAUGACCAAAAUUUCGUAUGUCGUUUAAGAUUAAGCUGGCUUUAUGCCAGCACGGGCUCUUGCUCAAGAGCAGCCCGUAGAAAAUUUCGUAAACUUGGAAAUUGAAAUACGUACUUGAUAAAUGGGAGAACUUGUUUUUCUUUGAAUCCUCUACACUGCCUUAAGAUGGCCCUUGGGUAAUUUGGGUGAUGGGGCUUUAGAUUAGACAUUUUUAACGUGUUUCUCAAAUUUUCAAAUAUUUAUUUUUACUACAUUAGUUACAAGUCUAUUCCUAUUUUAGAAAAUAGUACCUGUAUUUAUUGAUGUCCUUUAAAUGUGUGCUUGACUUUAAGCAUCCACUCCAUUGAGUUUUACCUAAUCUUAUGCAGAAGGAUUACCUUCAGCAUAUAUUCAAUUAGGUCUUAAUACUUUUUAAUUCAUAUAUCAUGAAUAUUUAUGGAUUACUGGGUUUCAUGCACAAAAAUUUUUAUAAAUAAAAAGUUACUUUUAGAUAA